AUGGGAACUGCUUGGAGUGGAGUUUCGGAAAGCUAAUUUUAAACAUAUGAAAGAAGAAUGCUUUCUCAUACAGGGAUACCAUUAUAAAAUUUUGAGAUCUUCAAUGUCAUCAUUGAUAAUAAAAGAAACUAUGUUAGAACAGUUAGAGUUGGGUUGGAGAAAAAUCCCCCAAUGGUCCUCAUUCAUGGCUACGGUGGCUCAGGAAUAAUGUUUUGGCAGAUAAUAAAGCCACUUGCUGAUAAAUACAAUUUAUUCGUAUUAGAUGUUCUUGGAUACGGAGGAAGCAAAUUGUGGAGAAAACAAAUAGACCUUGAAAAAUUUAUCUUGGUUGGACACUCCUUUGGAGGCUAUCUUUGUGGAAUUUACGCCUCUAGAUAUCCCUAUAGAGUGAAGAAACUUUAGCUUCUCUCACCUGCAGGGAUAGGUAAAUAGCCUGAAAAUUACGAAGUGAUGAUGUAAUUAGAGUAUUAUCAGAAAAAAAUAAAGCCAAUGUUUGAUUCGAAAUUAGAAGAAUACGCCUGGAAUGGAGUGUAUUUCAAAUACUAUGAGCCUCAGGCAGAGGAUGUGCUGAUUGUAUCGUUGGUGGCUAUGUAAGUAGAAAUUUUUCUGGUCUUCCAAAGUCUCACUAACUUGAUUAUAAACGGGUCAUCUGAAUAUUCCAUUUACAAAUGUUUAAAUUACGAUCUCUUUGCUAUUCAUCCAUUAGAAGAAGAUGAUAGACUUGGAGGUAUAUAGAUUCCAGUAAGUAUAUUUUAUGGUGAUAGAGAUUGGAUGCCUUAAGAGGGUGCUCUUAAUGUUAUCAAUAAAAAUCCAUACAGAGGCACUCACAGCCACUUUCAUAUAAUCAAAAAUUCAAACCAUCAUCUCUACUUUGAUAAUCCUGACGAACUUUCUAAAAAAAUACUUAAGGAUUUAGAAAAUAUAAAUGAAAUAGAUGAUGUCAAGUCUUAAAAAUAAGAGCUAAUUACUAGCUUUGACAAAAAUAAUGAGAAAGAGUCUAUGUAUAUCAAAAAUGAGAUAGAUGCUUGGUUAGACCUCAUUGAAGAUUUUAAUGAUUCUAAAAGUAAAAUGUUCUACGAUCGUUAGUUUAGUACUAUAAAUUUGAAUUAGUAAUUUGACUACGUAAUGUGA